AUGUCGGAUUUGAAUAACCUGGUCGGAGUGCCCAUCUCGAGGAAUACUUCUUUCAAUUGGACAUGGUUUAUCGAACUCUGUACUUGCUCUUGUUUGACGCUCUUCUUCCUCUUUUACUUUAAUCGCCUGUUCGCUACCCUUGUCUCCUACGGGCUGAGAGCCUUCACCUGGCACAAGUACCGAGUCUGGAUUGACAUUCAAGCGCUGCAGCUAUCCUUUUUGGCUGGGCGGAUCUUCUUCAAAGGCCUCCGCUAUCACGCCGAGAACGAGACUGUCCUGAUUCAGAAUGGCUACAUCACCUGGAGAUAUUGGCAGUCUUCCUCACGACAGGUAGAUCUUACCGGGCUGGAAGGGGAAGAGGAGGAGGCUGUGUUCAAAGAGAAGAAAACCUCACCCACGGACGGAUCUGAUAAGUCGGAGACCCCCUUUGAAGACCCCGAGGAUGGCCGUGUCAGGAGCAAAGCAAUUCCGGAUGCUCGGAUCUCGGUCAACAUUUCUGGCUUGGAAUGGUUUGUGUACAACAGAACACCUGUCUACGAGUCCAUUGUUCACGAUGUCCUCAAUCAUGAUCUCAAAGACAGCGGUCCACAGACCCAUACUACUGGGCAGAAACACGAACACAAGUUGGGCAAGCUUCAUCUCCGCAGGCACAGAACAAGACCUAAUUCGAAGGAGGCAACUCCCAGCGACACCUCCGCGGACAGCCCGCUUAGCGAAAAGGCUGAGCGCAUCUCACCGUCGGGCGAUUUCGCUGUGCCUAUUGUGCGCGCCGACACCUACGCCAGCGUAGCCUCGGAUACGGAGCGACUUGUCGCAGAUGUACCCUCGUUCUAUAGCUGGAUUCUCCAAGCCCUGCCGAUUGCCGUUGAGUGCUCAAAAGGUGCAAUCUCACUUGGAAAUGAGAACACGCGGGCGUUGGUCGUCACGACCUUUACAGCUGCGAAAGGUCAUGUCGAUGCAGCUGCGGCGGGUCCGUCAGACAUCUUCCGACAGGUGUUCGACUUCACCAUCGACCAUCCCAAAGUCGAAAUGAAACCCAACCCUGACUUUCGUAGAUCUCAGUAUGUCGCUGCUGAGAGGAUCAUAUCAGCUGCAGAAUCUCUGAACCACCGACCACGCUGGUGGCCAGUGAAAUUCGGUCUGAGACGCCGGAUUGGUAAAGCUUUCCGUGGUCUCAGACGUCUUCUUCCAGGCAGCUCAAGGGGCUCGUUACGGACUACUGCAUCGCAAGACGGUAAUAUUAAGAAACACUACCCCUAUGAUGAAUUCCAAGACGAGAAUCGAUCAUGGCAUGGCCUUGGCAGGUACCUGGACGAGGACGAGCGUGACGAUCACGAAGGCUGGUCUCAUGUGGAAUAUGCCAGGUUUUCACAAAUCCUCGACUCGCCGGCUGUCCACUUCAAGUUCUUCUGGGACAUGCCAGGAAAUGUGACAGAAGAACAUGCGGACUUGGCCCGACACGCACAUGUCGACGACAUCAACAUGUCGAAGCCACCGGCAUAUGGAAUGGACCUGACUGUCAAAGGUGGUUUUGUUAACUACGGACCUUGGGCCGACCGACUUCGCAUUGAAAUCCAAACAGCCUUCUUCCCAAACCCCUACAGAUCGGUGUCACCCGCUCCGUCUGUCAAAGUAGGAGAUGUGCGGCAGUACACAGUAAUGACGAUACGCGUUGAUCUUGAAGACGAAGUCACCCUCCGCGUACCAACGAGAGAACGCUCGAAAGAUUGGCAAUGGAGGAACCGAGCGCAUGCAGUCAGGGAAGCUGCCGCGGUACGGAAGCAACGCGAAAAGAGACACUUUCGAUUCCGCCGUUCUCCCAAAACAAAACUUGGUCCCGAUAUCCGCCCAUUCGGCUGGUUGACCGUCUCAGCAGGAAAAGAUUCGACAGUGCGAUAUGACAUGGACAUGGUACCACGAUCAGAAGGCUACAGAAAUCACCUCCGGCUUGACCUCAAACAAACGAAAGCUACUUCUAGUGUCAAUCACGCAUUGCUCUGGCGUUGUCCAUCCCAAAAGGUUACAUGUGACCUAUCCAAUCCUCUGGUAUGGAACGCCCUCCAUACUUGGGUUUUCGACAUUGAGAGCAGUGCCAUGGAGAUGUUCAUUUUGAGAGACCACAUGAUCCUGCUAACCGAUCUUGUUAGCGAUUUUACGGCAGGGCAGAAACCUGACUACAUGACAUUUGUACCUUUUGUCUAUCGACUCCACUUGACGUUCCCGGAUCUCAAGCUCUAUCUCAAUGCAAACGAUUAUAACAUUGUUGACAACCCAUGCGACCUUGAAGAAAACGCAUUCUUAGUCCUAGGAUUUCAAUCACUAGCUGGAAACGUGGAUAUACCCAUGCAGUACUACUCGCCUCGUCAGAGCAGCGUUAAAUUUAUUGGCGAGGGCCAUACUGCGUCUUUGGAACUCAUUACACCUGUAUGGAACACGCUCAAUACUCUUGCCGAAGACACAACGAUGAUGACUCUCAAGCUGCUCAAUCUGGAAGGCUCUUACAACUACUAUCCCAAUGUGUCCCCAGGCUUGACAGAUUCUCUUUUCAUGACCAUUACAGGAUACGCGCCCAAGAUCUUCCUGCAUGGUUACCUCAUUCGCUAUUUUGUGAACGUCAAGGAGAACUACUUUGGCGAAGAUCUGCAUUUCAGGACGUUGGAGGAGUAUCAAGACAUGCUGGCUGGCAAUGAGCUGCAGCGACCGCGACCAGGCAGCAAAAAGGAGAAUGACCUCGAUGUCGUCCUGACUAUCCGAGCCGAGAACUCUUGCGUGCUGUUGCCUGCGAAUAUUUACUCGCAGCGAGAAAAUGUCCGUGUGGACAUACUUCUUGUUGACGCAGACAUGCGUUUCACCAACUAUUACAUGGACUUGCAGGUUAGCUCGAGCCCACUUGAGGCUUCGCUCGAGUCUAUAACUGUCAAUGGAAACGAGCCGUCUAGCGAAAUCACGAAUUGUCAAUUAUUCAUUGAUGGUACUGAUGUGUACGGUCAUAGACUCUUUGGGGCGCCACCAUCUGAGCCCACUUAUGCCUGUCAUUGGGAUAUUAAUGUUGGCGAGAUUACGGGCGAAUGCAACUCCAAAUUUGUCCAAAUCCUGGCCAAUUCGAUCAUGGCAUUCAUCUAUACCCUGGACGACGAGGAAAAUUCCUUACCGCCUUUCAAUCGGACAGCUGUGCACGAUGUAACCUUCCUCAGAGCCAAUCUUGCAGGUCUCCGUCUCUGGCUUGUUUCAGGAGGUACUGCCUACAUGCUGGAACUGUCGGAAUCUGACGUCUCAUUCAGCGACUGGGCCAACUCCAGCUUUGCGAAGAUGUUGCGGGCCAGCAUCCCCCGGGUUGCCCUCGCAGCCGUGGAUUACAAAGCGGCUCUGCGACAUCACGAUCGAAGACCAGGUCCUGUAGAAACCUUUGCUUGUUUUGAGACCUCUCUCCGGAUCGGGACACUGGACAAGACAGACAACCUUGCGCACACCCGUGCUUUGCAACAACAGCAUAUUCGCUAUCAUGACCAACGAACUCACCGUACAGAUUGGUUAUUAGACCAUGGAAAGCAUUAUCCACCCAACCACAGAAUACCUGACUGGGCCCGUGAUCCGCCAGCGAUGCCAGUGCCCUCAAUGCCUGAACCUGUCGGGAGAGUAGAGAAAACAACUUUUCCUGAAACAAGGGAUCGCAACUCCGGCAGACGGGGUCUUGACGGACACCACUCCUUUAUCUCGGCAUCAUCAACUCCGCUGAAAAAACAACCGUCUGUCGAAUCCCGCGUGCAGCUUCAGCUAGAUCAUGGUCUCCCAGGAUCUUGGGCGCCCCAUUCGGACCAGUCGGGUGUCAGUCGUGAAGGUCUGAAUCGUCUCCAUUCUCGGGAUCGAGAUACGCAUCAAGCUUUGGUGACGUUCUCCAGUCCAUGGGCCCCGCCGCACUUUACGCUGCACGACGUCGAACCUGACAGAAGAAACCUGCCGCAGCUACCUCCUCAAGGUUCCGCCAAUUUUCCAUCCCUGACACCCCAGAACAGCAAAGAUUCUGGACCCUUACAAGACGAGUUCGAAGACACACCGCACAACGGUGUUGUUUUCAUGAUCCAGAAUGGCCUGACUGGGUUUUGCACUCCAUCCCUCUUUGUGUCAAUAGGAGACUUGAUCCGGGAACUAAAUGAGGAUCAUCCGGUGGACCAGCUCGAUAAAGUGCAGAUUACGGUAAUGAAGCGGAUACUGGAAACUCACAAGCACGAUAAUAAAGGCCACGUUGUGGACUUCGCUGUCCAGUUGCCCUUUGCACACAUCAGAUUAAUCAACGGCCUACGAAGCGAGAGCGAUACACCAGUCUCAAGGGAGGACCAAUACGAUGUGAAACUUAUGAGCUCACAGUUGUUUUACCGUCUCUUACAUCCAAAAACCAGUGCGCGGUUGGAACCCAAGGCUUCGCACAGCCAACUUGCGUAUGGUUCAAUCAAAAAUCUCUCUAUGUCUGUCAGAGAUGAUACUUUCGCCGCUGAGAGACCUUCGGCUCAGACCGCACUCUCGCUGGCGAAUGUGGGAUUCUGGGUUUGCAUGAAGGAAGAGAUCAACUCGAAAUUACAAUUGAGCAAUUUCGAUGUGGUCUUGUGGGCGGAUCAACUCAACAGCAUGGCAGGGCUGAUUCGGAGGACAGUGUCAAUGGUCGAUCGCAUUGUCGAUGCCUUUGAAGGACUUGAUCAAAGCUACAAAUCAAGACACUUGAUCUACCAUCUGACUCAGGCGGGCAAUGCCAUAUCCGAUCCCAUCUUUCUAACCAGACCCUCCUACGUUCUUAGAAGUGCUGACAAACAUGUCCGUCUGAGUGAUUCGUGGAAGAUCAUUUCUAGGCUCAGAUAUAUAUUCUCUACCAUCGAGAAAGAAAAGGGACGAGACUUCAUCGAAAGGUGCGGUUGCGAAGACCUCGAGCUGAAAGAUCCGGCCAAACGCCAGGUUCUUUCCUCUUUUGAGAAAUGGCGAGGCUGGGACUAUGUACAUGAUAAUGUGCCGAUUAUGAGCUCCCUCUUUGAAUGCGGGCGUGCUCAAACGCCGGAAACACUGGACAAUAAGCUUGUCGUACAGACGGAAAUAAUCGUGGGAAAACUUGGAAUUAUUUUGGAUCCGGGUCCUCGUCAGAGUGAUCUAACUAUACUCGGCCUCGACUUCAACAUAAUCUUGCGCCCAGCAGGUACAUCGGGGAUUGGCAGCAAUUCGCGGAGAAUCAUCCUUCAAGCCUACACUGCAGACACCUCACUCCACCUCAAUUGGGCCCUAGUGGAGCUCGCUCGACAGGUCAUUGAGCUUGGUAAUCCUCUGGCAUUGGGAACACCAAAUACUCAUGAUUCCAUCGCGAAGACAGCGCAAGAACUCUCUACAAAGAGAAAUCACUUUACAGUGAUGGUGGGAGCCGAUGCAGCCUCCCUUCACCUCACCACUAUCAACCUUAGGCUGAAAUGGGCAGCUGAAAGUUUCCGAAGUGCUGUUUCUUUCUCAGAGGGAGGCUCGCAGCCUACAAUUUCUUCUUUUACGAUUGCAGCGUACACAGCUAUGGCCAAGUUCAGAGGUCAUUCUCACACAUUGAUGAUGUGGCGCCUCCGUAUGCCAAAGCUAUAUGGGUCAGUGUGGCCGCAGCCCCCUGCCAGAUCUAGAGAUCAGAAAAUGGUUGUUCAGAUCUGUGCAGCCUCGCAUAAGUUCCGGUUUCAGAUGAAGGAAGAUGUUGUCAAGUUGCUCGUAGUCGCCGAUUCCGUCGUCCGGGAAGAGGUUGCGACGAUUAUUGAUCUCAUCCAUCAGGUUCCAAGCAAGAGCGGCAGCAAAGUCCGAGAGGUUUCGAGUUCAAACGAUGCUCUCAACCUUGACCUCCGUGUUGCCAUGUUUUUGGAUGAUUACAGGUUGAACUUUGUGAUCGUCCCAUCUCUGCACUAUGCAAUUGCUGGGAACGUGGCUCGGACGUCAAUCAUCCCACGGCGAAAUGGGGGCCUGGAUGUCAAUUUUGACAUCAAAGAGCACGAGCAUUUAUUUGAAGUGCCCCACGGUACCUCCAGAAGCGAUCUGACUCUCUUAAAGAUGCCGCCGAUUAAUGGGCACCUUUCUUUGGCUCAGACAGCUGCUCUGGUUUCCGUCCGCGCUCGUAUGACGGUUGAACAGAUCAAUCUGGAAGCAUCGGGUGUACGAGCUUGCUUCGAUGCAUUAAAUCAGCCUGGCGUGAUUCAGCUGAUACUAGACGCCAGGAGAGCAGUCCAGCAGUUCCAAGAGUCCGUUGAACAUAUAAAGGGGGAAAAAUCCAAACCAAAGGCGGAAAGACCUCUCGAUACUACCCUCUUGCUUCGCUAUGCAAUCCAUGGAACUCUUGCAGGCAUCAACAUACACUUUACUGCUCCAUCUGUCAGAGAAGAUCAGGACUACCGAGCUGACAUGGAGCUCAAGCUUCAAGGGACAACAUUAUACAUCCAUAACGAGACGGACAAUCCGGACUCGAUUCAUGAACGACCACAAUUCAUCCUUAAUUCUCAGGGCGUCGGCCUCGGGCUCUAUCGCAGCACAAGACACGAGCGAGCUAAUUUUGGAACGUGCAUCGUGGGUGUCAAGGCCUCAGGGAAGACCGAGGUCGUUGGGAAUUCAGGAACAGUUCAGGUUUACAGGGCUUGGAGCGAUGGAAUAGCCAUUGAGCUUUUCGAGGAAAGCGCCACCCUCGCAGUCGACAUUAUUGCAUUUUUGCAAGAUCGGAUCAAGUCGAUUAAGCUCGCUGAUAAUGGAGAGAACAUUCAACGUAUUCGGAGGAUGACAACUGCUGGUAUCACCGAUCGGUUGAAGCCCAGAGAACAGCCAAUGGAGGUGGCCAGUGAAGCGGCCGAGAGCGUCGAUGGCGCUUCCACUAUUCUCUAUGCUUCGACCUAUGCGCUUGACCUUGAAAACAUUAUGAUGCGAUGGAAUUUGACAAGAAGUCCUGCCGUUUCAGCUACCCGUGAGAUGGAGGACCUAGUUUUCUCGAUACGAAAAGUCGAUCUCAAGACCCAUCAAGAGGGUACUGCUCGAUUGUCGAUAUUGGACACACAAGUACAGAUCGUCCCACGGUCCCAGUCAAAGAAUCCUACCCUUCGAACAGCCAACUCUGCACUGCUACCUGAAGUUGUUUUUGCAACGGCUUACCUGUCCACGAAACAUGAACGACGUUUUGCGUUCCAAGCAAAGGGAAAAGCCUUGGAUCUUCGACUCGCUUCCGACGUCGUUAUUUCAGGCCAUGCCUUAAAAAAGUCCCUUGGCAAUGCUUGCAGCGAGUUACGCUGCAAGAAGACUCUCCAUGAGAUUAGUCCGGCAACACCACAGGCCUCUCAGAUGGAUUUGUUGGGCGGGAAACGACUGGCAUCUCUCCUAGUUGACGCAGAUUUUGCAGGGGCUGUAGUUCAUAUCAGUCCUCGCGCUGAAGCUGAACACAAGAGUUCCGUGUUCGGAUUUUUAAAGGGCAAGAAACGAUCCCGUGCAGGUCGAUAUGGUCAAGCAGUACAAGGAGAAGACGUUUCGUCCGCCGUGUUGAAAGCUCCUGGUGUUGCUCUCAAAGUUGAAUACAAGGACGACAACAAAGACGAACCAUCCCUCAGCACCGAAGUCAGAGUUGCGGCAUCUUCGAAUACUCUGUACCCCACCGUCGUACCUUUGAUCCAAGAGAUAUCAGCAAGCAUUAAAGAAAUCUUGGGCGAUGAUCGAACCGGGGCCGCUAAGCCCAACUCACCACCAGACGCCCGCAGCUAUCUUUCAGAUGCAACUCUGAAUAACUCCAACCCAACAGCCAUUUUUGGGCGCUGUAAGGUGAAUGCCGGACUUUACAUACAGGCACAAGAGUUCAGCUUAAGCUGUCAACCCAUUGCAAGAGUAGCGGCCACUGCCAAAUUUGCAGACAUUUUCGUCAGAGUCAAUACUGUGUCUGCGCCUGAUCAAGAACGAUUCUUUGCUAUUCAGACGACAUUCAAUAAACUUGCAGCUUCAGUGCAGCACGUUUACUCCCGGGAAUCAACUGCUAGCUUUGAAGUGGAUUCCAUUGUCAUGUCACUGAUGAACAGCAAGCAUGUUAGUACUACAACAGGUGUUUCGGUGGUUCUCAACAUCAGCCCAAUGAAGAUGGACGUCAAUGCGAAACAGUUGCAGGACUUCCUUCUUUUCCGCGAAAUAUGGUACCCUGCUGAACUUCGCAGUAAGUCAAAACCAACCGCUCCUGUAGCAUCGCCGCUGGAUCAGCAGGCCUAUGCAAUGCAGCGCUAUCAGGAGCUUUCCGGGAAGGGCACGUUGCCAUGGCAUGCCAUCGUGUCUGUGCAGGAAGUCCAGCUCCAGGUCGACCUCGGCCAGGGCCUCGGCAAGUCAGUCUUUACCAUCUCCAAGCUUUGGGCGUCAUCGAGAAAGAACAGCGAUUCAGAGCAAAACUUGUGCAUUGGAUUCGAUAGGGUGGGCAUCGAUAGCACAGGGCGGAUGAGCGGAUUCAUUGAGAUGGAGAACAUGCGAGCACGGACAUCGAUCAAGUGGCCAGAAGAUGCGACGGCGAAGACGCGCGCUCCGCUUGUGCAAGCAUCUAUCGGUUUCGAGCACUUCCGUGUGAAGGCUGCCUUCGAUUAUCAACCAUUCGCGGUAGCAGACAUCUCCUUCUUCGAAUUCUUAAUGUACAACGUGAGGCAGGGUCUUGGAAGCGAUAGCGAUCGCCUAGUUGGGCUCGUCGACGGCGGCAAAUUCCAAGUGUUUUGCACCACGGCCACCGCUGCCCAAGGCUUGGCUCUCGUGCAGGCAUUUGAAAGACUAAUGCAGGAAAAACAUGAAGCAUACGAAACGUCACUCCAGGAUCUGGAUAAGUUCCUCCGAAGGAAAUCGGUGUUCCCAUCUAGCACUUGGGCAUCCCCGGCUCCGGCCAGGGAGCGCAAAGAGAAAGCUGUUGCGAAAGGCACAUUCGCGUUACACACAGACGUCGUUGUGACAUUGGGAGCACUUGAUGCUGGCGUCUUCCCGAAUACAUUCUUCGACAACCAGAUUCUCAAGGUCGAAGCCACAGAAGUGCAAGCAAGGUUUGCCGUGGCAACAACUGAAGGCAAAACCCACAGUGCAUUAGGAAUGACACUAGGCCAACUAGGAGUCGCGUUGUCAAGCGUGAAUCGGGCCACCACAAAGGCCUUAAGCGAGGUAUCCGUCCCAGAUGUCAUCGACAGAGCCACUAGCUCUCGAGGCGGCACCAUUGUUAAAGUGCCCCGCCUGGUAUCAGCAAUGCAAACCUGGCAGGUUGCGGACUCCAACAUCAUCGAAUAUACUUUCCGGAGCGCCUUCGAGGGCAAAGUCGACGUGGGUUGGAAUUAUGCCCGAAUCAGUUUCAUCCGAGGAAUGUGGCAGGCCCAUUCGCGCGCCCUCGCCCAGCGCCUGGGGAAACCCUUGCCACCAUCUGCCAUCAAAGUCACAGCGGAGCCCUCCUCAGAGGGUGAGAAUGGACGCCAAGAGAAAAUCACGGCGGUUGUCAAUGUCCCGCUGAGUAAAUUCACCUAUGUGGCCCUCGAGCCGCCGGUGAUUGAUACGCCACAGCUCAGGGACAUGGGCGAGGCGACGCCGCCGCUGGAGUGGAUCGGGCUACACAGGGACAAGCUGCCGGAGGCAACGCACAGCAUUGCGAUUGUGAGUCUGCUGGAGAUUGCAAGGGAGGUAGAGGAUGCGUACACCAGGAUUUUGGGGGCGAGCUGA